AUAUAACCGGGUCACUCACUGAUGAUCAUAACAUCAAGAUAAACAAAGAUGUCGGUGUUAAGUCAUCACUACGUGAGGGUAAUCCUAUCCUAUAUCAUAGGCCUGUUCAUUGCAACUGUCGUGUCUAUUCGAGCAUUAUGGUACAUCAUAAGAAAUGCGGACAAAGCAUUUUACAACAAAGAUAGAAUAGAAAUGCCGCCAUGCUUGACAGACGAGAGUUUAGGUACACAUCGAUAUAUUCAUUUAGAGAAAGUUCGUCUUCAUUACGUGGUAAAUGGAGAAGAGGGGAAGCCAUUGAUGUUACUGCUUCAUGGAUUCCCAGAGUUCUGGUAUUCCUGGAGACACCAGUUGAGAGAAUUUUCUAAAGAUUAUCGUGUAGUUGCAGUGGACCAGAGAGGUUAUUCAGACUCGGAUAAACCGAGUGGAAUAAACAGUUAUAAAAUAGCCAAUAUGGUAGACGAUGUAAAACAACUGAUACCAGCUUUAGGGUACAGGUCAUGCGUGUUGGUAGGACAUGAUUGGGGAGGAGCAAUAUCCUGGCUGUUCGCGGCUAAAUAUCCGGAUAUGGUGGACAAAUUAAUUAUAAUGAACUGUCCUCAUCCAACCGUGUUCCAGAAAUACAUGAGUUCUCAUCUGGCACAGUUUAAAAAAUCCUGGUAUAUGUUCUUAUUCUUGAUACCAUUCGUACCUGAGUUUUAUUUUCGGAUGACGGAUUAUAAGAUGUUAAAUGGUACAUUUCGUAGUACAAGAAUGGGCGUGGUUGAUAAAUCUAAAAUGACAGACGAAGAUAUGGAAGCCUAUAAAUAUGCCUUCUCGCGACCAGGUUCUGACACAGGUAGCAUAAACUACAUCCGGGCAAUGUUCCAUAACAAAACCACUCGAGCAGAUUUCCAGAAAAUAACCAGUCCUACCUUAUUAAUCUGGGGUUGUCAAGAUGGCGCUCUAGAGAAGGGGAUGGCGCCACUAGCCCAACCAUUGGUGGAGAACUUAAAGAUAGAGUAUAUUGAAGAUGCAUCGCAUUGGGUUCAGAUGGAUCGACCUGAUCGUGUUAAUAAAUUAAUUAGACAAUUUCUUGCAGCUGAUAACUAAGACAGUUAAAUCCGCACCAGUAAUAUCAGUUUCUAUGGUUGCACGUGUGUUGCUAGGCAGGACGUGCUUGUGUCAGUUUCUAUGGUGGCACGUGAAAAUUUGCCAAGGCUUGCUUGCUUGCUUAUAUAAAUUGGUUUAGUGUUUAAUACAAUUUUCAUAUAAUUAUAAUGGCUGUUAUUUAGGCCCAGACUAUUCUCCCAUGUAGAGUUAUCUUUUCUUGCAGUUGACAACUGAUGGUGGAUAACGAGACUUGCAUGGGGGGAAUGGUACGGUGGCCUUUUAGCGCCAUACUUUGAUUUAUACCACUUUCAGUUAAUUUACCUCAGGGACAACAAUGAUCAAUCAAAAAAAAAACCAUGAAAAACCUUUUCACCGCGGAGAAAACGUUUUUCAUGGGUUUUUUUAUUUAUCAUUGUUGUCCCUGCGAUUUCUCAUAUGAGGUAUAUUACAAGAAAAUGGCCACUGUAAAAUGGUAUGUUGCGUGUAUAUAAAUAAAUGUUUGUACGUGGCGGUGAAGUAACAAGCAGAAAGAACAUCGUAUAUUAUCGUUGACUCGACCAUCCAAUCAAUCCAACCAUAUCUCUGACGAAUAUUUCAAGAUGUCUGUUGAUUGCGACUUAAUGUUUAUAACGCAUGCGCUAUCCGUUAAUAUAGAAGCAAUAUGCCGUGGUAUGUGAUUGGUCUAAAUCAAACAUUAUAGGCUUGUUUAUUUAUUUUCGAUGAAAACUUUGUUACAUUUACAUUAUUUUGUAUUUUUUAUACAAAGAAAAAAGAAAUUUAAA